AGACAGCGUCCGUUUGAGAAUACAUAUUGAGUAUCCCGAAUAAUGAAUAUUACCUUAGAAUUGCAGAACACAGUUUUAGAAGCAUACGACUGAGAGUAUAUAUAUGGAAUCAAAAUGGCACGCAGACGUAAAACUGAAGUUAAAGCAUCUGUAAAAUCAUCAUCCAAUAAAUAUGUACCUGUACGCAAAUCCAGUAGACAAAUAGCCAAGAAGCAGUUGGAAGAGAAGAAAAACGGGGAGAUUUCACAGACAUCUUGCUUAAACAAUUCCGACGAUUCUAAAUCUAUGAGUGAUGAUCAUAGCCAAGUCCCAUCAAGAAAAAAUCAAAAUUCUCAGAAGAAGUAUAGUAAGCAUAAAGGUACUUCUAAUAAUAGCAUAGCCAUGAGUGACGAAAGCGCUGUAUACGAUGCUUCUGAAUGUAAACGAGACGCAGGAGAGAGCGACAGUCAAGAUGAUACAGAUAACAUAAUUAAUAAAUCAGAGAAACUUAGCCCAGAGGAUGUACGACAAGUUGUAGUUGGUAACACAAAUCCUCCAAGCAUUGAAUCCUUACCUGCGCCAAUAUCAGCCGAGAUGGAAGUAUGGUCAGAGGAUAUCAUAGAGGAGACGAUAAUCUGUGAAGAAAUGGAAGUGGAAGAGGAUGGUGCUAAUUUACCGCAAGAUAAUGUUAUGAUUGAACAAGUGCUGCUUGUGAAUGAACCUAAUCUGGAAGGCAAGGAUUUUGUGGAAUUUACUGUGAUACAAAAUGAGGACGGUACUAAGUCUAUGGUGAUGGCACCUAAAUCUGAAGACGUUUCAAACGAUGAGUACCGCGUUAUUCAAGAAAGUGUUAAUAGUGUGUGUGCCAGUGAACCAGAAAAUUCCAUAUCAAUGAUGCAUACAGACGAAUCAGUGGUUUCAAGCAGUGAGAAGUGUGACAUUAUAGAUUCCGAUGUAGACAAACCGUAUAUUAACAAAAAGAAAACAGUAUUAGAAGAUAAGGUUGGUAAGAAGCAGAAGAGUGGCAAGACAAUUUACGACAAAAUAAGACAGGAAAUUUCGGAAUCGAUGUCUGAUCCAGUUCAAAUAUGUCCUAUCAAGGAUUAUUCUGGCUCUACUAACGAGUUGUUGCCAGAUAGCUGCAAGUGGGAAAAUAAAAACUUGCAAACAAGUGCGUAUAAAGAUUUGUCAAAGGAAGACACAGUUUCCAAUCUAGAUAACAAACUGGCAGAUAUGCAGAUAAGUGAAAAUAUAAGUUCGAAGGAAAUACAAAAGUUGGUGAAUGAUCUUUCUAGCGUGGAAAGUAUUGACUCUCCAGUACAAACUCCUUUAAAUGUAGAAAAACUGUCGCCGGUACAUAUUGAUGAUGAAAGCAGUUCGUCGAUAUUAGAUAAAAUGGAGCAACUGCAUCGUUCAAAUAAUUCUAUUAGCUCUCACGUUACAGACAUAUUUUCGAAAGUUAUAGAGCCCAUUAAUAUAAUAAAUCAAGAGCAAGAUAUUUUAAAGUCCAGUUCUUGCAAUGAUAAAAUACAAUGUACAGAUCAGAUAUCGUUGAAAUCGAAAAUUAUGCAAGAUAAGAGAAAUACAAGUCAACAGAAAAACAUCGAGGCUUUAGGACUCAUUGAUGAUUUACAAGAUAGUGAAGGAGACAACAACAAAAUCGAUAGUGAAGAUAUGAAGUUAUGUAGUAGCAGUGAAAAUAGUAACGACACAUUGGUGUCGCUAACUAAUUGUAAGAUUCGGGAGCUUGAUGUAAAAAAUGUAGCGAGCAAUGUAAAUGAUAUCGACAAGAGGGUUGAAUUUAGAAGCCGUAGUGGAAGUACUGAUACAACAGGUUCCGAAAGUGGCUCAAACAGUUCGGGUGUAAGGCGAAGCAGUAGAAUUCGAUCUAUUGGAUUGAUGAAACAAAGAUCUCGUGGACGUGGCUUGGUUACAAAACCUAGUAUAGACACUUCGAAAGCAACUCUUCAACAAGAAAAAGUAGUUAAUAAUAUAAAUCCUGCAAUUGCUCAGGAAAUAAAAAUAGAUAACUCCGAAGCGCAAUGUGAUAAGGAAAAUAGUUCUAACAAGAUAUCGACGUCACUUGAUACUUUAGUACCGUUGAGUACUACUUACAACACUACAGGAUACGAUUCUGAUUCUUCAAAGCCAGUUAAAGUAAAAUCUCGCUGGCGAAGAUCGAGCGAACUCGAAAUGGGCAGUUCGAGUGCGGGUUUUGUUACUGCUUCUGUGUCAAUGCUCGGGUCAUCUGUUACACCUUUAUCUGAAUCAGCACGUUCUGUGUCUAUUACUGUAGGGGAAUCCACGUCCACAGAAUCGAAACAUAAUAUCGUCAGCACAAAUAUAAAAGUUAAUAUAGAAACAGAGCAAGUUAAAGACACAUCAUUAACAUCUAGUAACAUUUCUACUGUUUCAACGAUAGCACAAAUUCCAAAGACUAUUGGAGCAAAAAUUCCUUUGCCGAUGGUUCUUGAAACAGAGGAUAGAGAAAUGGAAGAAAGACUGAGUCAGUUUGAGCACUUGCGUGAAAAUUUAUAUCUUACUGAAAGAUAUACAAACAAGGAAACUAAAAGAAUGGUAUGCGACUGUUUCUUAACUGAAGAAGAAAUCGAGAGAGGGGAACUUGGUUGUGGAGAGGAUUGCCUUAAUAGACUUCUCAUGAUAGAAUGCGGACCUAGAUGUGUAGUAGGAGAUAGAUGUACAAAUAAGAGAUUUCAAAAUUGUGAAUAUGCCAAGUGUGAAGUAUUCCGCACAGAGAAGAAGGGCUUUGGAUUGCGCGCUAUUAUUGAUAUAAUGGCAGGCGAGUUUAUAAUGGAAUAUGUAGGUGAGGUCGUGGAUCCGAAAGAUUUCAAACGUAGGGCAAAAGAGUAUUCCAAAGAUAAAAACAGACAUUACUAUUUCAUGGCGCUAAAAUCUGACCAGAUUAUAGAUGCUACCAUGAAAGGGAAUGUAUCCAGAUUCAUUAAUCAUAGUUGUGAUCCAAAUGCAGAGACACAAAAGUGGACGGUGAAUGGAGAAUUACGAAUAGGAUUUUUUAAUAAAAAAUUCAUAGCUGCUGGUGAAGAAAUUACGUUUGAUUACCAUUUUCAACGAUAUGGAAAAGAAGCUCAGAAGUGUUAUUGCGAAGCACCGAAUUGUCGAGGUUGGAUAGGUGAGACACCUGAGGAGGAGAAGGAGAAGAUCGAGAAGAAAGAGAAGCGUGAAAAGGAUAUAAAGAAGAAGAAAGAAGAGAAGAAACCUGCUGAUUAUAUGGAGGAUGAAGAUUUGGAGGAAGAAAUAGAUAAGCUGUGUUCGGGCGGUUUGAAGAAUCGUGCGCAUACAUUGACAUUAAGCAGAUUAAUGGUUCGUAGCCGAGAACUAGAACACAGAACGCGUUUACUGCGUCUCAUACAAAGCGGCGUACAACCAUGUCGAAGAUUAUUUCUGGAUUAUCACGGUUUGCGUUUAAUCUGGAGUUACGUCAUGGAUAUCGCAACGAAUGAUACAGAAGAGGCUCAACAAUUUCGUCUAGAAGUGUUGAAAACUCUAAAUACACUGCCAAUACCCAACAAGACGAUGUUGAUGGAUAGUAAGAUAUAUGGUGUAAUCGAGAAAUGGGCGAAAGGAUUGUAUCUUUCUCCAAAUGCCGAUUCUCCGGAGGAUGAUCAAGUUAAAUUAAAGUUGAGCUGCGAAGAUUCGAGCAGUAAUUCUGACAGCAACGAAAAGAAGAGUCCUGAAUGCUUAAACGACAUUCCAGAUAAGCGCAAUAACAAUAUUGAGAGUUGUUUGGCAGUUAACGAAAUUAAAUUAGAAGCUUCAGAACAAACCGUUAUUUCGGAUUUAGCUUCUAGUCUUCUUGCUGAGUGGUCCAAUCUUAAAGAAGUCUUCAGGAUACCGAAGAAAGAAAGGAUUGAACAAAUGAAAGAGCAUGAAAGAGAAGCAGAUCGCGGGUAUAGAGAAGAAUUGGAGAAAGAAGACAAGAGAGGGACAUCGUACGAUAGGCAUAGAUCUGAUAGAUAUAGUCGAAGUGAAGUAGACAAACGUGGCGAUAGAAGAAGAGGACGAGAAUCUCCGGAAACUGAGCAUAUUAGAAUAAAAGAGAAAAGAGUCGAAGAACGAAGUAGCUUAGUUCCUGUACCACGGAUGACAAAGUAUGAGCGUAGGCAAUUAUUUGCACUGCAAGUUGCGAAAGAGGAGGAGGAGAGGCAACGUCGGCAACAACAAGAAUCGUGGCAAGAGCACGAGAACAGAUGUUUGGCACUGGGUAUAGACCCCCAUACCACUGCCAUGGUUGAUCCUCAAACUGGCUAUCCUGUUUUUUAUAAUCACUCGUUAGGUCAAUGGCAGCAUUAUUCUACUCAAGACGGAGGAGAGGUAACGCAACAGUGUACUCCUGUAUAUGUAGGCCCUCAAUCUACUAAUAUAAUAGGCCAAACCUCUCAUGUAUUACCAUCGACAAUGACAACCGAUAUAUCGUCCGGCAUUACAAGCGGCAUUCCGCCCGGUGUGCCACCAGUAGCUUACUCAUUAAGUCAGACAACUGUGUUCAGUCAGACAACAUCUUCCUAUUCUUUGAUAUCACACCCGCAGCCGUAUUCCGAGGGACAACUACCUCUUCCGAAUAGUUUAGUGUCUGUUCACGGUGGAACACCUACUGUAUCAAUUCAAACGUCCCUUUAUAAUCACAUCGAGAAACCUGCUGAUCAACAAUUUGCAUCUGCGGAAAAUCGACCGCCGCAACCUGAAGUUCCGCCAAUCGAUCUGCCGCCGAAAUGGAAGAGUGCAACAGACAGCAGAGGUAGAACGUACUAUUAUCAUGUGAAAGAAAGAAUAUCGCAGUGGCUACCUCCACCACCUGAUCACAUCGGGGUGCAACCAGACUCUUCGUCUACCUCGGAAUCUAGCGAAGAAUCUAGCUCGUCGAACGAAGAUGACGAAGACCUCGAUGAUGAUCAUACCGAGGAACAAAAGAAUGACGAUAUAGAGACAAGCAGUGUUUCAGUAGAAAGUCUUUCGAGCGCAUCUAGGUCAAAUAUAUCUAAAAAGUUAGGUGGUCACAAUCUGACUGGAAGUUCACUGCCGCUUAUCGAGCCUAAGAAAAGAAGAGAAGGACUGGUACAGGAAAGAAUUAUUAGUCCACGUAGGGAAGAGGAUCGUAUUGACCACAAGGUUUACAAAGAAAUAAAGGAGAAAUUACGACGGCAGAAGGAGAGAGCAAAAUUGAAAGACCAUGUUGAGAAGUUGAGGAAACAUCGACGGAGUAACAAAUCGAAAUCUCAUUCGCGACAUGGAUUAAGCAAGUUGCAAUCGACAUCAGCCGAAAUGUCUCCUAUGUCCGAAAGAAAAAUUAAGGAUACAUUUAGAAUAAAUAUGGCUAAUGUAAUGGUGCACUUUUUAAAUCCGUAUAGAAAGAAUGAUUGCAAACAAGGUAGAAUAACUAACACUGAAGAUUUUAAACAUCUAGCUAGAAAGCUGACACAUUUUGUACUCGCAAAGGAAUUAAAACAUUGUAAAAGUGUUGAUGAAUUGCAAUGCAAUGAAAACGUUAAGCACAAAGCAAAAGACUUUGUACGUAAGUACAUGAGCAAAUUUGGCGCAGUGUAUCAGAAAGGUACAGAUGAAGAUUAGCUGUGUAAUUUAUAAAACGAAAUUGUUAUUUAUUGCACGGGCUCUUUACUUUGUCUAUUAUGACAUAUAUUUAGGUAAUGCUCGUAUGUAGAUAAUACAUUUGUAACUGCAUUAUUGUAAAAUAGGCAAGUUUGUAUAUGCGUGAUAAACAUUUUCAUGAUUUAGCGGUUAAUAAAUUAGCAAAUUUUUAAUUUCCCAUAACUUUAUGUGUAUAUUUGAAUACACAUUUAUUUACAUGCCGACUAUGCAUGUUGUACCUUUUAUAAAUAUUGUAACUUAUAUACCAAUACAGUGUAAAAUACAUACUUGGAUAGUUGUAUAAGAUACUAUUUGACCUACCUUUUUCAAUAUUUAUCUUGUAGUUAAUAUUCAGCCAAUAUUUAUUUAUAUAAUGUUACAAAACAAAUCUUGUAAAUAAUAGAUUACACAUAACUUUUCAACUGCUUAACAACUUGGUUGCUGCUGUAUGUGCUUUUUGGCUUAUGUAACGUUUACAAAAAACCAAACCAAGCGGAAGGGUAAAUCUCUUGCAUUUAUAAAUUUAACUUUAUAUUAUCAACACAUUUUGUCUAUACAUGGUACAAAAAAUUGAUUCUGUGAUGCGUGAUCUUCGAAACGAAAGCAAUGUAAAGUAUCGAAUAAAAAGAACUAUGUUUA